AUGGACCCUAUCGUGGCCGUCAUGAUCGUCCCACCCACCACAGUCGCGUACACCGCCAGCCACCUCUCGUGGGACCCGACCACAAUGUACGCCAGCGCAAUGAAAGCAAUCGAUAUGAAAAGGCACGCGAGCCACAUCAGCUUAUUAAUAACCGACAUCAGCUGCUUCUUGGCCUUGUGCUCGAUCACGACCAGCGAAGUCUGCACGACCACAACAGCCAAGGAUAUGAAAAGAGCAAUGCUGUCGAACACGAAGAAGAUCAAGAAGGCCGGGUCGUGGGCCACGUGGGCCUCUCCCAUGUUGGGCCCCCGGUCCUCGACGUAUUGGCCCGGGACAGUGAAGAUGGCGGCGAAUGCCACGGUGGCGAUUAAGACGGCCACGACUGUGGCCGAGUUGAUGGCGUUGUUGAGGCCCUCGAUGUGGAGUUUUUUGACCCGUUUGGCGAUUUUUCGGACCUUGAAGCCCGUUCGGCGGGUUUGGUGGAGCUGGGAUUGGACAUCGUGCUUGAUGUCGCUAACGGUUUGUUUGAGGUGCUUGGAAGAGGUUCGGGGCUUGCCGUGGUCGGCCGAGUGGGCAGCACCGGCGGCUCGGAGGGCGGCGGUUAGUUCGGAGUUGCCGAGGUUUUCGGAGAUGUCGAGGGGUGUCUCGCCGGCAGAGUUGGUCGGGUUGAGUGCUGUAUUCCCUUUGUUGUCCUCUACCCCAAGUAGAGAAGGGUCUGGCCUCACGAGCUCCCGCACUAUCUCAAUGUUCUGCCCCUUCACAGCCAUGUGCAAUGCCGUCUGCCCUUUCCUGUCAGUCUUGAACCCAAUGCUCGGGUCUUUACUCAACAGAGAUUUAACCACUUCCAGGUGGCCCAUCCUUGCUGCCGUGUGGAGCACGCUCUUGCCAUUGUUGCGGGUGAUUUUAGCAAGGUUAGAGUCAGUGUCAAGAAGAAGGUUCACGACUUCUGUGUGCCCUUGGGCAGCUGCCGUGUGUAGGGCAGUCGAAUUUGUGGUGUCUGUUGUCAUCACGAGGCUCGGGAAAGAACGCCUUAGCUCCUUUAGGACAUCUGCA